ACAGUUAUAUCAGCAAGGAAAGUCCAGGCAUGUUCAAACAGUACUUUAACCUUAUUCUCAUAUUACUGCUACCCAGAAUAAACAUCCAAGAGUGUUUCUGUGGACACUGCUUCAGAUGAUUGCUUUCUGUUUUCCUUAGCUGCUCUCCCUUGGGUAAGGCAGACAAGACAAUGCGUUUUCUCCCUCGAGCUAUCAUCUUAACUUGCAUAUGCUUUAUUUCCCUGUUAUGGUGGCACCAUCAUCUCUCUACCCCUCAGCAGCAAGACCAUUUGACCAUCAAAGAGGAAAUUGCUGUACCUCUCACAUUUGAUUCUCUGCUACAUAUUCAGCAGGUCAGAAAAAAGACAUUGCGGUCUUUUUGCAGGAAAAAGAGCAAACUCACUAAACUUCUAGCUACCCAAAAGGAAGCUUCCCAACUACUCUCUUCUAUUGCAGUGAGUCACAAACUGAAUUUCCUGUAUUGCAAAAUACCAGGCACCGGGGUGGAAGAGUGGGAGCAGCUGUUGGAAGGGAUAUUGGAGAACGAAAAUGUCACAUUGCAGGUGCCUGUGCCCUUUCACCAGGACUUUGGUAACAAAAUGGCCUUGAGUAAAUAUAACUUGACAUCAAUGGAAGCUCUGCUUAAAGCCUACACAAAAGUGGUUUUCAUUAGGGAUCCUUUCCACAGACUCAUUUCUGCUUACAUGCAUCAGAUGGCAGAUAAUUUAACCUUCAAAGAGUUCAUUGACUAUAUCUUGUACAGUGGAUUGAAGAAUGCCAGUGUUGAAUGGACACCCUUAGUCAAGCUGUGUCAUCCAUGUCUUGUCCGAUAUGACUAUAUAAUAAUGUUUGGGUUUCUUGGCAAUGAAGUGUACCAUUUGAUGCUCCGGACUGGAUUCCCAGAUAACAUCCAGAUGCCCAAGUUCAUGGACUCCAAGAUCCAGUGGACAUAUAACUGGCUAGAAGAAGAGAUGUUCAGUGAAUUAUCCCUUGUGCAGAAGAAAAGGCUUUGCCGUUUCUUUCGAUUUGACUUUGCUGCAUUUGCCUUUCCCAGAAGUUUGCUCUGGGACCUCAUAUGCAUUUCUGGAAAGAGUUAAGAUUACUUUAGACAUCAAAGAAGAAUGCCCAGAACUGAACCAAUGAAGUGAAAUCUCAGACUCUUACAGAAUGGGGACCUAGCCUUGACAUCUAGCGGAACCAAUUCCAUAAUGUAAUUACGUGCUUUGCAAAGAAACACUUCCUUUUAUUGGUCCCAAAUAUUCUGGAAUUAUUUUUUAUUUUAUGCUCCUUAAUAAUCUGCAAAUAAUCAAAAGCAUUGUCCAGAUACAGAGCUUUGGGGAAAUUUCACUGUUCACAUUCUCCCAUAACAAUGGGAUCUAUGUUCUACUUGCAUGCCUGCUGAAGUGGUUCAUGAACCUUUGGGGAAUAAUUUUUUUUUUAAAGCAUUUUAAAGUCCAAGAAUAUAAUAGCCAUCAUAUUGGUCAUGUCUACUUCUGUGAAGUUCUCCAUUUUUGGCCUUGGGGGCACAUUAGGGUUUUGAGAAAAUGGAGCUCUUACCAAAUGGCUACUCUAGAGGAUAUAGUCAACUGCAAAGCACACCCUUAGCAGAAUGGCUGGUCUCCAAAUAGGUGCUGGGCUUUACACUUGUCUGGUAUUUUACACUAGUCUGGUCAGCAAUACAGUGGUGUGUUGCUACCAGUUCGCACUGGAUCGGGCGAACCAGUAGCGCCGCCUACUUGCCUGGACGGUUCUGCACAUGCGCAGAAGCACCCUGCGCAUGAGUGCACACGUGCGCAUGACCAAAUUGGUAGCGACGGGAUUUGGAACCCAUCCCUGCAGCAAUACUGCUGCAGGAGAGUCUGCAGCACAUUUGUAUUACUGUUAUUAAUGGCAUUUCAUUCAAGGAAAACCAAUUUAGUGAAACAAAGAUCAAGUUUGUGACUCAAUGUCUCAAGAAUGCCAAUUUGAAAUGCCAUCAUGUUUUCAUGUUAACAUAAUCAUUUCAUGACUUUGUUUUUCAGGUUGGGUAACUGGAGACAAGAAGCAUCCACCAGAGGCUUUAGAUUUUAAUUGCUUGAUAGAGGUUUUGAAUAAAAGGAAUGAUGCACUU